AGGCGCGUGGCUCCGCCCCCCCAGUGUUUGUCAUAAACCUGGCUCCUGGCUCCAAUAAACCCGGGCUAAGAGCGCCCUGGGCUCGCCUCCUUCUCCAAGGCGAUCAAUAGGAUCUCAGGCGCACUCCAAGUCCUCUCUUACGUAGACACCCAACAAGGAGAGAGCCGAUACAACAACACGCUUGAUCUGCUCCAACACACACAAAAAAAAAAUUCUACCUGCUUUCUGAAUCAUGUCGUUGAGCCCAAAGCACACAACGCCUUUUUCAGUGACAGACAUUUUGAGUCCAAUCGAGGAGACCUACAAGAAGUUUAGUGCCAUGGACGGCGCGGGGAACCUGAGCUCUCCGCUGGGAGCCUACAGACAAUCGCAGGUGUCUCAGGGCGGCAUGCAGCAGCACUCCAUGGGCCACAACGGCGGCGUGGCGGCCGCCUACCACAUGCCGCACUCCGUGUCCCAGUUCUCCCACAGCGCCAUGGGGGGAUACUGCAAUGGGAGCAUUGGCAACAUGGGCGAGCUGCCGUCCUACCAGGAGAGCAUGAGGAAUAGUGCCGCAGCAACAGGCUGGUACAGCGCCAACCCUGAUCCAAGAUACUCCACCAGUAUGAACAUGGCGGCUAUGGGGGGUCUCACGGGGAUGGGAGACGCUUCCAAGUCCAUGCCGGCCCUGCACGCUGCACCUCGGAGGAAGCGGCGGGUCCUCUUCUCGCAAGCUCAAGUCUACGAGCUGGAGAGGAGGUUCAAGCAGCAGAAGUACUUGUCGGCGCCGGAGAGGGAGCACCUGGCCAGCAUGAUCCACCUGACGCCGACUCAGGUGAAGAUCUGGUUCCAGAACCACCGGUACAAAAUGAAGCGCCAAGCUAAGGACAAGGCAGCGCAGCAGAUGCAGCAGCAACAGCAGCAGCAACAGCAACAGGACGGGACCAUGUGCCAACAGCAGGCCCAGUCCCCGAGGCGCGUAGCCGUACCGGUUCUGGUCAAGGACGGCAAACCGUGUCAGAACGCCUCCAACACGCCGACGCCGAACCAACAAGCCGUGCAGCAGAACCAACAGCAGAAUGGGGCCGGAGUGGUGCUGGGCCAGCACCAGAACCAACAGCAGGUAAACGAUUUGGACCUGGAGGAGAUGUCGCCCAGCCCCCCCUCGCUUCACAGCCAGCUCAGCAUGGCCCAAAUAGACACUUCUGCUGUAGAUUACACCAGUAACAUGGUCAGCUCGAACCUCCUCUACGGCAGAACGUGGUAGGACCCAGUGCAGUCACUUUUUCUAUCAACCUGAGGAUGAUGAGCCCAUUCCACACACGCCUAUAGACGUCAAAUAUGGUCCGAUAGAAUAAGACAAACGUGAGGCCCCCGCCGGCCGCCUCGGGCUGCGCACAUGCACAAGAGUACCAGCUGAUCAGGGCACAUUUUCUUGACAUCUCUAAAGAAGGGAGUCUAUUUUUGAGCAUUACACAUACGGCUGGCCCUUGAAAAGCAAUCAAGACGCUUUGGACCCCUUUUGUAAUCUUUUGGACCUCCCUCAUGAUGUUUUAAUGUUUGUCUAUGUUUGGAGGGGGGGGGGGGGGUCGAUAGGGAGCUGAAGUCACCAAUUUUGUCAUAUGGAUAUUGUAAACUAAUGUAUUCAAUUAGAAUUCUUAAACGAAUUAGGGGACAUGUACAUUUGGCUAACACAAGAAUAUGUUUUAAUUGUAUAAUAAUUGUUAUUUGCGUCCACUUUUAUGUUUCCAUUAUUCUUUUGUAAGUUAAAACGAUCAAAUGGAGCUGCUGUAUAUGUUUCAGAUCCAAGUGAACAAUAAGAAUAAAUAACUUGAAGUGUGACAGCGAUUUCUGAGGACGUUUUUAUGUUUUUUAAGGUAUCUGUUUUGAAGUGCAUUUUCAUUAUGUUGAGAUUGUGACCAAAUUGAGAAGGAAAGCAAGGUCGAUGAGGGAGCCAGUAUUGUUCGGGUGACAUUUUGGAGGGCUGUCUUUUAUACUGGAUGUCUGCAAAUAUCCAAGACUGGAAAAUACCCCUUUAAAAACAUUAACAAUCAUUAACCCCCCCAAAAAAUCUUGUCUGAUGUAUACGUCUAUAUUUGUUUCUCUUUCUUCUCUUUUACCUUGUUUUAACUUCCCAUCUUUUGCCGCAGUCUAAUUGGACAAUUUGUUUGUGAACGCGACCUCCGGUUCACAAUUUCUAUUUAUUUAUAUUUGAUAAAACAAACUCAAUAGAUCUCAAUUAUUUUUAAAGUAAUAUAUUAAAAUGUUGAUUGCUAAAUAAUAGAAAAUACAUUUUUAAUAUCCAGUGAGCAAAUUAAAUUGAUGUAAAAAUAAAUAGACAUUACUUUUGCCGAAAUCUGAGCUGUACUGAAUUUGAGCAUGAAUGAGCCUGCAUAACUGAUAUGUAGUUUAUCAGCUAAUAACUAUAAUAAUAAUAAUAAAAUUGUAUUUUGUCUUUUUUAUGUUUUACCUCUAUUUUUAAAAAAAUAAUCCACCAAAUAUGCCAAUUCAUGUGACUUUUUUAUUUCGGUGAAUAACAUAGAAUUGCUGUUUUAUGCUCACUUAUUACUAUCACUUUCCGUAUAUUAAGGUUGAUAAUACAGCUAAUACAGCGGCUUAGUUUUCUGAUUCAUUGCACACUCUCACACACACGCACCCACCUGCACACUCGCAAGCGCACACACGAAGACACAAGCAUCAUUGUGAUCAAUCUCUUGAAAAGAUAAAUGAUUUGUUCAAACCAACUCCAAAGUGUUUAAGCUCAUCACUCGUGUCCUCCAAAAACAGCGGCUGAUAGUUGCAUCUAACAUCUCAUUUCCUGUGGUCAUUUAAACAUGUUUGAAAAAAAAUGACUUGUGGAGCCCUUUCGGUGAUGACACCCCGCCAUGAUGAUGAUGGCUAUCAAUGUGUCUCAAUGGAGACCUCGGAGAGCCUCCAUUUUGCAAGCCCUUCACAUACCUGGCAGCUGUAUGUAUAUGUGCUAUCCCGAUACUCUGAGGACGAUCAGAGCCAAUAUGCACCUGACAUUUGAAAUUGGCUGCAGCAAGACCGCCUGCAGGGACUUGGAUAAGAGCAUUAGACAACGACAAAUGCAUUCCUGGAUGUACUUUGAUGCGGCAAGAUUUUUCGGAUAGAUUUUGUCCCGGAAUUGAGGGCAUGAAUGAGCUGUCAACAAAGCUUUUGAUGGUGGACCACAUGAAAUGAAAGUGGAGGUGAAGCCAUUCUAUUCUCUUUUCAAUAGCCAUAGUUAUGGCGCUCUAAUAGGCUAUGCUUGGUAAUCACUGCCUAUUGUGUCUGUUGCUUCUUUCACAUUAUUGUGGGGUGGACCUCUCUUUGUAAGGAAAUAUGAGUCUGACUGGCUACUGUAAUUGCUGCUGGAUGCAUCAUUUCAGUCUGGAAAGUUUGGGGAGGGGUGACAGUGUCACUUCCAUUCGCAUGCAUAUAUAUCUUUAUGAAAAUUCAUCCCUCACACGCACAACUGAAUGAUACAUUAAAUAAAAUUGCCUCUAUUAUACAAAGCAGAUAUUUCCAUAAAUACCAGAUGGACUCUAUACCUACAUGCCUUAAAUGACACAUUUGGGUUAUCAUAGAGUUUGAUAGGACAACGAUAGUCUUUUUUUUUUUUUUUUUUUUCAUGCAUGCAAAGGACUUUUCCGUCUAUUCUUGUCAGGUAAUUGCAGGUUGCACUCCAUAAUGUGCAUGUCGUUUCUACAGCCCUGCAAGCCCCUACUCCCAGCCUCCCCCCAACUCCCUUCUCUCCCUUUAUUCUACUUAAUAUGUCAGAAGGUCUGAUCACAGAGGAACCUUUUCAAGUCCUAUUGAUGUGUUCCUCAAUUGACCAUGGCGACCUAGCAACCUAGUGAGCGCUAAUUGGCACGGGCUCAACAUUAUUGGCUCUAUAGUUUACCUACCAACAUACAUCCUUGUUCAUAUUCUUCAUUUUGUAGCCUGUGUUUGAUAUGUGAAGAGAAAUGUUUUGUGGUAUUGGUCUUGGCUUGACAAAGAGAUGUGAAUACUGAGGCCGUCUUUCCCUCUAAUGAUUUCUUUCAGGCAACUAAAAAAUUUUUUUUUUAUUAUCUUGUUCAAUGAAAAGAAACUUGCUGCAUGAACUGCUGAAUCAGCUGUUAAUGAUUCAUUUCCAAAAUGAUAAUUCCACCCAUUUAAGAAACUUUCAAAGGAAAAAGUGCUGUGUAUUUUUUAUGUUCUCUUACUCAUUUGAACAGAUUUGGGAGGUAAUUAAUGGAUGAAUUAUUCCUACUACCUACAUACUACUAUGGAUCAGUAUAAUUUAUUGUUGAGAAUUAAGACUAUUUUGUAAAAUUGACGCUACUGGUGCUAGUCUCAAUUAGCUUGAGGUUUGAAGGAGAAUAAAAUGACGCCACACAAACCUCCACUAUGUCAGCAUAUUGUGCCGAACACAGGAGUUCAAACGAUGCAGCAAGUGAUUCUUCCAUCUAACAAUCGAUUGAAACAAAUACAGAAGUGAACAGAGCGAGUUUACGCAGGCGACGUUAGCGUCAACAUUUCUGCAUGACUUCAGAAUUGUUUGGUGAUUCAUGUUGACAUGAAUGAAGCAGCACGAUGUAGCUACUUGAUUUUGUGUGAUGUGAAGUGUAUGUUUAAUGUGGAAAAGUUGAAUUGAGCCUCACUUGACUUUCUUUCUGCUGCUCUAUCUUGUGUUAUUGUUGUACAAGGUAUUUAAUAGUUGCAUCAAGUUUUUUCAUUUCACUUUAUUUUCCGCCAUCUAAAGUUAAUAAAAAAACAAUAACUUGACAACAAUUAAUUGAUCAUUUGUUUUUUUUAAUGGUAAUUGAUAUAGGCAAUGACUAUUCUACCAGGAUUGUUUUAUUUUUAUUUUUUUUAUCGAGCUGGAUAGAACUCAUUAGAUUUUGCAGUUGUGCCUAAUGCUGUGACGAGUGAUUGUGUAUUGCCUUCAU